AUGAGUAAGAAGUCAGAAGAAACAGAAGCUUCAGCUUCCCACAUCACUAAAGGAACCAGCUUCCUUGACAAGAUAAAGAAUGCUACAUGCCUUAAUUCGUCGUCUUCAGACUCAGGAAAAGGGAGAAGCAAGUCCUCUUCUAUCAGAGUGGCCCAUGGGUUCCAUUUAGUCCAAGGAAAAUCUGGUCAUGAUAUGGAGGACUACCAUGUUGCUGAGUACAGAAAAAGAAAAAACCACGUCCUUGGAUUGUUUGCUAUCUUCGACGGUCAUUUAGGCGAUCGCGUCCCUACUUAUUUGAAAGAAAACCUUUUCAACAACAUAAUUGAAGAGCCGAGUUUCUGGAAAGACCCCGAGACAGCAAUAAGGAAUGCUUACUGCUCCACAGAUAAGUUUAUUUUAGAUAAUUCCAUACAAUUAGGGCCAGGUGGGUCGACUGCAGUAACUGCAAUAGUCAUUGAUGGCAAAGACUUAUGGGUGGCAAAUAUUGGUGACUCAAGAGCUGUUGUGUGUGAGAGGGGUUCUGCAACCCAACUUACUGUGGACCAUGAGCCACACAGUGAGCGAAGAAGGAUUGAGAAACAGGGUGGUUUUGUGACUACUCUUCCGGGAGAUGUACCUAGAGUUAAUGGUCAACUUGCAGUUGCACGUGCUUUUGGGGAUCAAAGCCUUAAAGCACAUUUGAGUUCAGAGCCUGAUGUAAGACAUGUGCCCGUAGGCUCCACUAUUGAAUUUGUUAUAUUAGCAAGUGAUGGAUUAUGGAAGGUUAUGAAGAAUCAAGAGGCAGUAGAUUUGGUGAAACCCAUAAAAGAUCCACAAGUAGCGGCAAAGCGUCUAACAACUGAAGCACUGGCAAGAAAGAGUAAAGAUGAUAUAUCAUGCAUUGUGAUCCGUUUUGGAUGA